GGACUCUUUCCCUCCCGCCAUUACCCAUGCAGUCGUUGGCAGCGCGCACGAUAUUGCGCUCUCCCGUCGCUCUCACGAUCCCCAGGACCUUCUGCAGGUCGCUGGUGACGUUGAAAAGCGUCAAGUACACGGCGUCCUCCCUUGCUACCGGAGCGGGGCGUAAUGGACAGGUCAAGUCCGGUGACCUUAGCCUGAAGCUGGCAAUGCCGAAGGAGCUCGGCGGCGCGGGCGACGGUGCGAACCCGGAGCAGCUCUUUGGUAUGGGCUACGCGGCGUGCUUCCUGUCCGCGCUUGGUGCUGUUGCACGCCAGCAGGGGAAGACGGACGCCAUCAAGAACGCGUCCGUCGCCGUCGAUGUCUCGAUCGGCGAGCCCAGCGACAAGCCCGGGUUCGGGCUAGCCGUGGAUCUGAAGGUCUCGGGUGCGGACGAUGCCCUGAUCAAGGCAGCGCAUGAGAUGUGUCCCUACAGCCGUGCGCUCUCUGAGGGUGUCGUCGUGAACGUAUCCAAGGCAUGAGAAGAGUUAUACCACCUGAGCACAUAUCUUCGUGUUCCUCCGUAUCCUCUGCCUGAAUUUCGGACCCCCAAACAAGGCAAGAUUACAUCCUGACGUCACGGCUAACGUUGUGGGCGCUUGCUCGUUGCCCUCG